CCAAAGAAAACAGAGCAGGGGUUGUGUGUGUGUGAGGAUGUGAGGUUGAAGUUGGAAGCGGGAAAUGGCGAUUCCCAUGCUCAGAGCUUCAGCUCCUCCUGCUCACUUGCGCGCGCUCUUCCACUCCAACGUGAAGAAGCCCCUCCAUGUUCACAGACUGCCCUGUUCCCCGCCUGAACUAAACCCUGUCCUGCAAGCACAAAAUGAGGAGGUGACGUCAGAGUCAGGGUUGUCUCUUUUUGUUGGGACACACCUUAUCCCACACCCCAACAAGGUUGACAAAGGCGGCGAAGACGCUUUUCUGGUGAGCGGCUUCAAUGGGGCAGUCAUUGCUGUUGCUGAUGGCGUUUCCGGAUGGGCUGAGCAAAACGUGGAUCCUUCGCUGUUUUCUAAGGAAUUGAUCGCUCAUGCUUUGUCUUUGCUCGGGGAUGAGGAGGCAAACUACAAUCCUCGGAUGCUUCUAAAUGAAGCACAUGCUGCUACCUCCUCUAUAGGUUCAGCUACAAUAGUUGUUGCCAUGCUGGAGAGAGAUGGGAUCCUGAGGAUCGCAAAUGUAGGGGAUUGUGGAUUAAGGGUUGUCCGAGGCGGUCAGAUAAUCUUUUCUACGUCUCCGCAAGAGCACUACUUUGACUGUCCCUACCAGCUAAGCUCAGAAUCAGUUGGCCAAACAUAUCGAGAUGCUGUGGUUAGCACUGUUGAAGUAAUAGAGAAAGAUACUGUCAUUAUGGGCUCAGAUGGUCUCUUCGACAAUGUUUUUGACCAUGAAAUUGUUUCCAUAUUGGCCAAACAUGAUGAUGUUUCAGAAGCUGCAAAGGCAUUGGCUAAUCUCGCAAGAGAACACUCCGUGGACUCAAGUUAUGAUUCCCCCUACUCCAUUGAGGCUAGAACAAGGGGUUUUGAUGUUCCUGUGUGGAAGAAAGCACUUGGGUUUAAGCUUACAGGCACGGGCCACGGCCUCCCUUUCUCUUUCUCUCUGUUCGUGUGUGCUGUUUCACGUAUCUCUGAGAAAUAUUAUCUUUUCAACUUCAUCUCUGUCGUAAGUAGUUCAUGUCUGUUGCUGUCAGGUGGAAAGCUCGACGAUAUAACCGUAAUUGUUGGUCAAGUUGUUAGACCACAUGGAUCCUGAGACGCCCCGAUUGUGUUUUUGAAUGAAGUGCGAGAGAACUAGACGCGGGAUUAUGUCUUUUCCGCUUAUCAGAGUAGAGUCUUUUGGAGAAAGUAGUUUUCAUAAUGUCAAAAGUUUGGCAUUUACAGGGACAUCAUGGUAUGUCUGUAUUCUUUUGGGCUAUCAUGGUAUGUGCUGUGGAACCACUAAUUGUGCUUCUUUCUCUAAAGUUGAAAUCAUACAGGGACAGAA